ACAGUCACACACAACACCCUGCUGCCGUCAAGCACUAUUUCUGAAAAGCCUGAAGAAGAGAGCUAUCGCCGCCUGCCUGAAAAGAAGUAUACACAGUUAACCAAAGAUUAUGUAUUUUACUUUAGGCCUUCAUAUACACAGUUUCCUCUCUUCUCCUUGAACUUCAACAAUGGUUCCUUCUUCGAUCUCUCUCAGAACCUUCACAAAUUCAGUUUCCAUUGCUCCCCACACUCAGGUUGAGCUGCAUAAAAAAGAUGCAUUCUUCGGUUUAGGGUUUAGCAAUUCCGCGAAUUUCAGAACAAGUGAACUGUUGUCUGCGAAAGGGUUCAAGUUGAACUGCUCAGUUGAUAGAGAAAUGGAUGUCAGCACUUCGGCUGUGGUGGAUGAUGCUGCUGCUGCUGUUGCAGAAUGCUUAAGUGAAGAGGGGCUAAUAGAGCCUGAUAUCUCAACAAUGGUGUUGAAUUUUGAGAAUAAGUUUGAUCCUUAUGGCGCUGUUAGUGCUCCGCUUUACCAAACCGCUACUUUUAAGCAGCCUUCUGCAAUAGAAAAUGGUCCCUAUGACUAUACUAGAAGUGGAAAUCCUACUCGAGAUGCUUUAGAAAGUUUACUGGCAAAACUUGAUAAAGCAGAUAGAGCCUUUUGCUUCACCAGUGGGAUGGCUGCUUUGAGCGCUGUUACUCAUCUUCUUAAAACUGGUGAGGAAAUUCUUGCUGGAGAUGAUCUGUAUGGUGGUGCUGAUAGGUUGCUGUCCGUUGUUGUUCCCAAGAGUGGUGUUGUGGUGAAACGGGUAAAUACAUGUGAUCUAAAGGAGGUUUCAUCUGCUAUUGGACCCCGGACUAGGCUCAUAUGGCUGGAGAGUCCAACCAAUCCCCGACUACAAAUUUCUGAUAUUCGAAAAAUAGCAGAGAUGGCUCAUGCACAUGGUGCUCUUGUGUUGGUCGACAAUAGUAUAAUGUCACCUGUAUUAUCCCAGCCAUUGGAACUUGGAGCAGAUAUUGUCAUGCACUCGGCUACCAAAUUUAUUGCUGGACAUAGUGAUAUCAUGGCUGGUGUGCUUGCUGUAAAAGGUGAAAGGUUGGCAAAAGAACUAUAUUUCUUGCAAAAUGCGGAGGGCUCAGGCUUAGCUCCAUUUGACUGUUGGCUUUGCUUGCGAGGAAUCAAGACGAUGGCCCUUCGAGUGGAGAAGCAACAGGAAAAUGCGCAGAAGAUUGCUGAGUUCCUCGCCUCCCAUCCACGAGUCAAGAAAGUAAACUAUGCCGGUUUGCGUGGUCAUCCUGGACGUGAUUUACACUAUUCUCAGGCAAAAGGUGCAGGAUCUGUGCUUAGUUUUUUGACAGGUUCACUGGCUCUCUCGAAGCAUAUUGUAGAAACUACCAAGUACUAUAGCAUUACUGUUAGUUUUGGGAGCGUGAAAUCCCUCAUCAGCCUCCCCUGCUUCAUGUCCCAUGCUAGCAUACCUGCUGCAGUCCGUGAGGUGAGAGGUUUGACGGAAGAUCUUGUACGUAUAUCUGUUGGUAUUGAGGAUGCAAAUGAUCUCAUUGCUGAUCUAAACAAUGCAUUUAGAACGGGGCCUCUGGAGUAGAUGGAUUAGAUUAAUUAUUUGCUUGUUUUAAAUAAGGAAACAUUUAUGUAGAUCAAACAUGUUGAAGAUUUGGAACAUGGUUAUCAUCCUUUUUUAGCCUCUCGAGACUGAACGCAUCACUGUAUUUAUCUUUAUGUGUAAGUCACAUUAUCCCAAGUGUAUAAAUUAAAACAAAUAGUGAGUGGUGGGAUUGUUCACACUUAAUUGCACAUCUAAUUGAUAUUUAAGUUCGAAUUCCAUGUUUUACAAA